CCAACUUGUCACCACAGUGCCAACCGAGCUCUAGUGGUCACCAGAGCCAAGAAGGACAGCAGCUCCUGGAUGGAGGCUUAAGCAUUUACCCUUGAAGAAUAUCUUGACCACUGAUAAACCCGGUAACACACUUCAGGGAAUGACUGUUGGGUGGAGAACGCCAUCCAAACUCCUGAAGACUCUGAGCGGAAUCAAGAAAAGGAAACUCAGGAGGAACCAUCUCAACUAAAAAUGAGUAAAGGGAAAGCUGUUCCGGGUCUCUGGACCUCUCGACGCCACGAAGAAGUCUCCCUGCGGCUGGAGGAGUGUGGGAUUGCUAAUGUGCCUCCAAUGACUGUUCAUGAAAUGUUUGAAGAAUCUGUCAGGAGAUAUGGCGACUACAUAGCUCUCGGGUCGAAGAAGGGAGAUAGUUGGCACAAGUUAACUUACAAGCAAUACUACGUGGAAUGCCGGAAGGCUGCCAGAGCCUUCCUUAAGUUGGGAUUGGAGCGCUUUCGUGGUGUUGGAAUCCUGGGAUUUAAUUCAGCCGAAUGGCUUAUUGCUGAUGUUGGAGCCAUUUUGGCAGGAGGCCUGGCUGUCGGCAUCUAUACGACCAACUCUGCCGAAGCCUGUCAUUAUGUUGCGGAACACUCCGAGGCCAACAUUCUGGUUGUGGAAAACGACAAGCAGCUUCAAAAAAUCCUGGAGGUUCAGAGCAAGUUGAAGCACUUGAAAGCCAUUGUCCAGUACCAAGAAGAGGUCAAACAGAAGAGACCAAAUUUGUAUUCUUGGGCUGAGUUUCUCGCUCUUGCCAACGAAGUCCCAGACUCCCUGCUUGACCAAAUCAUUGAGAGCCAGAAGCCUACUCAGUGCUGCAUGUUGAUCUACACUUCGGGAACCACAGGGCAGCCAAAGGGAGUCAUGCUGAGCCAAGACAAUAUCACCUGGACCUCGAUGGCAGCCACCCAAGAUUUUCAACUGGGUCACCCCCCAGAUAACCAAGAGGUCGUGGUGAGCUUUCUCCCCCUCAGCCAUGUAGCAGCACAGAUGAUGGAUGUCUGGUUACCGAUGAAAGUUGGAGCCUCCACCUACUUUGCCCAGCCGGAUGCCCUGAAGGGCUCACUAGUGGAGACGCUACGGGAAGUGAGACCUACGUGUUUCUUGGGGGUCCCUCGUGUCUGGGAAAAGAUGGAAGAGAAGAUGAAGGCUACUGGUGCCAAAUCCUCUGCCCUUAAAAGGAAAGUGGCUGUAUGGGCGAAGGAAGUUGGCUUGCAAACAAACCUAAAACGGAUGAAUGGGUGUACUGACAUUCCUGUGAACUUCCGUCUGGCAAAGCACUUGGUGUUUAAGAAAGUGAAGAAGGCUCUGGGCCUGGACCGCUGCCGCCUGUGUUUCAGUGGUGCUGCUCCCAUGACUAAAGAGACUAUCGAAUUCUUCUUGAGUCUUAACAUUCCCGUCUGUGAGCUGUAUGGCAUGAGUGAGAGUACCGGACCACAUUCCGUCUCCAGGCCAACUUCCCUUAAGAUUAUGAGCUGUGGGAAAUCGAUGCUUGGCUGCAAGACCAAGCUCCAUAAUAUAGAUUCAGAAGAAACUGGAGAGGUCUGCUUCUGGGGCAGACAUGUCUUUAUGGGCUAUCUGAACAUGGAGGACAAGACUAAGGAGGUCCUAGACGCGGAGGGGUGGUUGCACUCCGGAGACUUGGGAAAGCUGGACAAGAAUGGAUUCCUGUACAUCACUGGCAGGAUUAAAGAGCUCAUCAUUACCGCUGGGGGUGAGAAUGUCCCUCCAGUUCCAAUUGAGGAUUUAGUCAAAGAACAUCUUCCAAUUAUUAGUUAUGCCAUGUUGGUUGGGGACAAGGCCAAGUUCCUGAGUAUGCUUUUAACACUCAAGUGCCAGCUCCAUCCAGAUACCAGCGAGCCAGAGGACUUGCUCACCCCAGAAGCUGUUGAGUACUGUCACAAACUGGGUAGCAAGUCUACCAAAGUGUCGGAUAUUGUGGGUGGCAAGGACAAGCUGGUCUUUGCAGCGAUACAGAAGGGCAUUGAUGCGGUCAAUGAAAAGGCCAUCUCCAAUGCCCAGAAGAUUCAGAAGUGGACCAUCUUGGAGAAGGACUUUUCUGUCUCCGGCGGAGAGCUAGGUCCAACCAUGAAACUGAAGAGGCCAGUUGUGGUGAAGAUGUACAAAGACCAAAUCAGUAGCUUCUACUCUGAAUAGGUGCAGUUUCUCUUAGUGUAAGAUUUACUCUUUGAAUUUGGAUAGGUCAGGCAGUGAACAUUUCCAAUCAAAUGAAGGACUGUGACCAAGUUCUCAGCAUGCAGCUCCACUGAUUAAAUACUAGAUGCUCUGCUAUUUAGACCCUUUGGCAGUUCACUGUGUGGUUAUGUGCUACAAAUGUUGUAAAUCAGCCCUUACUUUAGAUAUUUCUGUUGUGCUAUGUGAUAGCAUUAGAAACAUUUGAAACUGUUAAUUUAUUUUUCCACCAAAGCUUUUUUUCUUGCAUUGAAUGUAAAACAGCUGUCUACCUAGACCGGGGAGAGUGAAGGGAGGAGGGGUGCAAUUCCAAUACUUUUGUUUGUUAUAAUUAUUUCUUAUUAUCACACUCAGCAAGGGGAUUUUUAAAUGGGCAAAACCUCUUCUUCACCAAAGCUUUGCCAUGGGUGUGAUCAGGUUUUUAGUGGUGACCAAGCACUUGACUGCUGUAGGUUAGACUGAUUAUACUGGAGAGCCUACCUGCUGUUUAGGGUUGGGGAGAGGGUUUACCAGGUCCACUGGGUGAAUGGUCAAGCAUGUCUGAUUCAACUUUUUUUAAAUUUUUUUCCUCCAGCACAACCUGGGGAAUAGUGUAGGGCAACCUUAUAUGAGUGGAUGGAAAAGGGUCUCACUGGGUAACUGAUAUGAAGGAAUGGGAAUUUUUUUUUUCUAUUGUUACUUCAGGAGUUUAAUGGGCGGCUUCGGUUGCCCUUAAGUGACAUAAGCAAUUGCAAAUAGUAAGAAAUUGGAUUAGAAGGGGCCAACAAGGUCAUGCAGACUGCAUGCUCUGCAGCUGCUCCUACCCCUGGCCAUUGUGCCUCCUCCUUCACUGACAGGAGGAGAUGGUUCUUCCUACUACUGGGUGACUAGCAGUUUCACCUAGCCACAGUCUCAUUCCUGUUGUAUGUCAAGGAGAUGUUCUGUGGAGAGAAGGCAGAUGCUGGACCACAAGCAGGUCCCAUGGCUGCAGCCACUGAAGAAGCACCAGCCAUCUGCUCUCAUUCAACACAUGGAAGUUCGCAACAUUGAAACAUCGACUUCCUGAACAUAUGGGACUCGGAGUUGACUGGGGGUUUGGUGACGGGAGGUGGUGGACCAAUCUUUUCUCCUUUCCCUUCCCACUCAUGCUGCAGCCGAAGAGGUAGAGCAAGCCACAGGCUUAAUUGGGAAUAAACGUAGGUGGAGUUAAUGGUGUUGUGAAGCAUUUGUGAAGUUGUGGUUCUGUUGCAAGUCUGGAUGUACAGUCUCCCUUGCAUAGAGCAACAGCAGUAGAAGAUGGGGGCACUUGGAGGAAUCAGAGCAGGAGCGUAGUGAAAUAUAGCUGAUUUGUAACUAGUUGUGUGGGCCUAAAGAAAUUGCUGUGCCAGUUACAAUUGUGUGAUUAUGGGAUAGAUCACUGGAAGUGAAAGAAUGAUGCUUGUAGUGUAUUCUGUCAAUAAAGAGAAUUUGUGCUCACUGCCAUGAA